AUGUCUCGGAAUCGUUUUCGUGUACAACUAGAGCCACAAAACGAGCCCAGUUCAAGUGCCGAGUCCCCAUCGCACGACGUUGACACACGCCCUCCAACGUUCGACUCUCAGGUUCGAGUAUUUUCGACCAGCGGUCAGCAUGAUUGGGUCCUCCGAAAACAGAAAAAAAGAGCUCCGCAUCGGCGUCGCGGUGCGUCUGCCACGGCUUCUGUCGCAAAACAGGAAAUAUCGCCGAAAGAUGGACUAUCGAGCUCGGCAUCUUCUGACCAGGAGCAUGUCAAAGAGCUGGAUUCCGCGAUACGGAGACGUCGCAAGAAUCGUCCGAGGGAUUCACCAAGCCUCACAGCCGAGUCGACCACGUCCAUUCCUCCCAGCGUGACGGCCCAAAGGCGUCAACCAUCUUCAACAUCGGCGGCGGAUUCCAUACUGAACGAUCUCCGCCCACACCCUCAUGCACUUACUGUCGAGGAACAGAACUUCGUCAUCAAGUGGCUUCAAUACCAGGCAACGGUUUUCUGGAGCAGCAACAGCACUGGUUCUUUCGAUCCGUGUAGGGACAUUGCAUGGAGGGGUAUUCAGAUGUAUCCCGCAGGCGGCUUGCCAUGGACUCUGAUAUUCUUCGACAUGUUCUUGGCCUGGUCUCGACGUCAGCCUUUCCCACAGAGACUGCAUCAGCGAAAAGCCCUAGCAUACCAGUAUAUCGCGAAAUUAUUGGCAGACCCCGAGACACAGGCGUCGGACGAAGCCUUGCUCUGUGUUUGUCUAGCAAUGUCAACCGACGCUCGCUCUUUGAGUCCUGAGAUCAACAGAGUCCAUCUCAAAGGCCUGGCACAGAUGAUUUCAAAACGUGGAGUGGGCUCCCUGUUCUCCGCGUUGUGCUUCAUGUCCCACCCAAUGUUUUCCUUGGCGUAUUUUGCGAUGGCGGAGCUUGAAGCCACCAGCAUGUUGGACGUUCAAAGUGCCACCAGAAGGUUCCUCGAGACAUUGCACUCGAUGCAGCGAGACGGCAGCAGGUCACAGCCAAAAGUAGUUCGGCGUCGAAGUGAUGAGGAUGUGAAACCAAACAUAGACAGCCGGUCCAUAUCCUAUCGAUCAAGCAGUCUCUGGUCGGUUGCGAUGGGAAAGUCGACAAUCCAUCACGCUGUGGAGAGCGUCCUGGUAAAGUCUCAAGGGAGGACCCUGUCAAUCCAGCAAAAUCUUGCUCUAUUCCUCGAUCUGUACCUGCUGAAUCUCAUUUUGUGGGAUCUCCUCAAGUCGCCUGGCAGUGCUACCGUAUUUCUGCAGAGACUCUCACUUUGUGCAGAUAAUGCUCAAGUGAGGCUCGACGUCUGCGUCUGGCUGCUUGCAAAGUCAUGGGUCGACGCGGACGAAACCUCCAAGCGGGCUGACGGUGGAGCCAGGAAAGAGGUGUUCUUGACCGAAGCAGUCAUUGAUGCCUUGAAGGUAUACAGUAGGCUGACGUACAAGACCAGGGGGAAGCUGGUGAUUGUGUUGUCAUCGUGGUUGUUCGGUUGUGGUGAAGAAGAUGAGGAAGGGGAAGAAUCGGACAGCAUAGAUCCAGCCGUCAACGAGACGGAACAACCCUCCUCUUCCAAGGCCAACAAUGUGUCCUCUCACAUCGCUAGAGGCGUAGCUGGAAGUCUGGAACCUUCGGUGUCGGCGCAGAAGAGUGCUGCUGAUCAUAGAACCCGGGAGAAAGGUAUAGAUCCCAAGCUCAGCCCCUCGCCGCAGCGGCCCCAGGUGCAUGGUGCGGGGAUCACGUCCAAGGUAUUCAAAUACCUCAGCAGUCGAGACUUUGAGGUGAUGAGGAACGAGGCGUACAGUGACUGGUAUGAAAAGAACGUCAGCAAAAGUCCAAUGCCGGCUCUGCCAAUGGUGCCUGCGCCGCCACCAAGCGCCAGUGGGAGCGCCAGUGGGAGCUCCAGCGCCACGGAGAGAAGAAGUCUGAAUAAGUAG